CAACCCGUUUCUUUCGUCAUUUAUUUUGACAGCAUGACGUGUUGAAUUACUCUUAAUAUUUUUCUGAUUGCACCGUCUUAAUCUCUGACAGGUUUAUUAUUUUGCCAAUAGCGGAGGUGAGUAGAUUGCUGAUUUAGAAACUGCAGAGUGGGUAAGCAGAGAGAUAUAAUAGAGGACAUGGCACUUCAGUGGACGUUUGUGGCUACUUUCAUGUACAUUGAGAUCGGAGUAGUUAUUGUGCUGCUUCUACCAUUUGUUUCUCCAAGCAGGUGGCAGAAGAUUUUCAAAUCACGGAUUGUCUCCAGUGCAUCCUCAUAUUCCUACAUCUACUUCAAUGUGUUCAUUGCAAUACUUUUGCUUCUGUUUGUGGAUUCUAUACGAGAAGUUCACAAGUACACAGAACCCACAGAAACCGUUGAUUUAAAACACAAUCCUGACUCUGUCAACGUGGGCCUGAUGAAAUUGUUCCGUGCUCAGAGAAAUUUCUACAUCUCCGGAUUUGCUUUGUUUCUUUGGUUCAUCAUCCGACGUCUGUUGACCUUGCUUAAUGAAGAAGCCAAGCUCGGAGCCCAGUGUGAGGCUUACAAGAAGCAGGCAGAGAGUGCUACUGCAGCUGCCAAACGUCUGAUGGAAGAGAAGGACAACACUGCUAAUUUUAAUAAGAGUAAAGAAUACGAAGACCUAGAUCCAGAAGAGAAAAGCCUUGCUAUGAAGUUGGACCAGACAAAAGAGGCUUUAGUCAAGACUAAAGAAGAAUUGAAGAAAACAAAAGUAGAUCUAGAAACACUGAAGUCUCAAGCUACUAGCACAAACAAUGAAUAUGACAGAUUGCUAAAGGAGCAUGAAAAACUACAGGAAAAAGUCGAAAAAGAUGGCUCAAAGAAAGACAACUAGCUUUGAUGAUUAACCUCUACACAACAGUCAAAAGAAAAUCAAAGUCUGUUGUAAGAACUGCAUUAGAAAUGAGACUUACAUGUCUUUUCAAAGCUAUACCAAUGCUGCUUGGUAUUUUUGUAUUCCCCAGUCACUGUGUAAAUGACAGGAAGCUAAUUCUGUAGAAAUAAUGUUAUUUUAUUGGCUGUUAUUUAUAAAACUAGUAUUUUGUAUCAAAUCUUGUGUAUAUAUUUUCUUUAGUUUUAUUAGAAAAGAUUGUGGAAAUCGUUGUCUUGAUGAUUUUUUGGACACAUUUUUGCAUGUUUCAAACAUUUAAACCUGUAUUCACUUGAAAGGGAUUCCUAUGUUCAAAACUAAUAUUAAAAUGAUAUGGUCUAUAAUUUUGUAUUUUUACCAAUGUGAUUUGAUAUAUAUUUUAUCUUUGUUUAAAUUACUUCCUCAUUAAAAUUCUCAUUAAUUUCACCUUUACAUCAAAUUAAAUACUUAGGUGGUUCUUCUCUGAUGGAAUAUAUGAAAAGACACUGGUCAUUUCAUUCUUACAUCUUUUGGAGAGCCUUGACUUCAAAAAUUGUUUGUGCAAUGAAUAGUGUCCUUGGAGUAUAGAUGUGAUUAGAUGUUGCCCUUGUGUGUAUACAUGUAAUAUGCUUUAAAAAUGCAAUAUUAAAUGAAUUUGAAGUUAAAGUAUGUAUUUUUGAUUUAACAUACGUAGCUAAAAUUUUCUCCGUAUUUUUGUGCAUGUGCAUAAACUGUGUGCUAAAUCUGCGUUUGUUUUAUUGUUAGAGAACCAGAUGUUUGGUUUUAAAGUAACAGCACUGUUCAUGGACAUAAUUCAUAUGUUUAAACUUGCUAAAAAAAACAAGUGUUUUCUUUGCUGAAUGUGUAUUAUAAAAAAAAAUAUUUGACUUUCAAAUUAGAGUAAAAAAAUGCAUUGGAAAUCUUUGUAUAAUUUUAUUUUUUUUUUUUUUACUGAUGGGAAACAACAUACAUAAAUACUCAUACACAUACAUGUAUUUUUUUUUAACUCGCUGAAUUUUGGGAUCUUAUAGAAAGCUCCUUGUAGAUUUGGUUAAUAAAUAGCUUUUGAAUGUG